CUCGUUCGAAGGAGCACGAUACUAGGUACACAGUUGAUCUGGUAUUCUCCUUCAAGCCCUUUCAUUCAUUUAGACCGCGACACACUCCAAGGUCAGCGCCAAAGUCGGGCCCUAAAGAAACACUGUUCUUCAUACCCGGUACAUUCCUGAAGUUCUCGAAAUUGACAACAAACGUAUUAGCUGGGCCUGGAGUGACAACGACAGUACAGAAACGGGCGACUCGCCCAAAGCGGAAAAGCAGGAGCGCAGGAGCGCAUACAGCUGCAAACCUACAACUCGCGACCCCACCGCGUUGGCACUUCAGCCAGCUGAUCCUCUUGCUAGACAGCUGCGCAGCGCAGUAGGAGGGGCCCGGCGUGCACAGCGACCCCUGGUGAGGGGAGCAACAGCAAACAGAAGCAGCACCGCACGCCUUCUGAGGCCGCAUGGGCGCGGGGGCGUCCACUCGGCGGCCACCGCCAGAGCCAACGCCGGCGGAUGUGGCCGCACUCGAUCAGCCCUUUGACCGCGACAGUGGCGAUAGAUGCUUCUAUUGCCUGCCGUACGAUGACGAGAUGAAGAAGCGGAGCUCCCUGGUGCUGCUGGAGGUGGGGUGUCUGGGCUUCCGGCUGCUGCGGCCGCACAGCGACGACUGCCUGUACGCCUUCCCCUGGGGCCAGAUCCACAGCUGGGCGCACACCGACAACAGGUUCAGCUUCAGAUACUUCGACGACGGCAAGAAGAGCGUGGUGCAGUACACGCUGUUCUUGAGGGACCUGCCACAACUGCUGGAGCACAUCCAGAGCGUCAUUGACACCAUCCUCACCGACCGCAAGAGCCUGGCCAUUCCGCCGGAGCGCUUCACAGAGCUGCUGGUGGAGAUGCAGACGUACGGCAACGGCGGCUCUGUUCGCUCUCCCCUGGAGCUGCUGAGCCGGCAGUACUGCUCCGAGUACUACUUCUGGAGCGAGCAGGGCAGGCAGCUGAUCGACGCCAUACCCUCCUCCUUCGACAAGGUGGAGGUGAGUGUGCUGCUGCACGGCCGCCUCAUCGACCAGAACAGGUUCAGCUUCAUGCUCGAGGGCCUGGAGUCCCAGGCCGACCGCGACAACGUGUGGCACCGCAUCACCGCCAUGAAGAAGAGCGCCUCCAAGCUGCAUCCCUCGGGCAGCCGCGCAGCCAGCAGGGGGGGCGCGGCCAGCGGCGGCGGUGCAACCAGCCCCGGCGGAGGGCCCGCCAGCCCUGGCGGGGCAGCCGCCUUCUGAGGAGGCUCGGGGCUCGGGGGUCGGGGCGGGAAGCGCGGCUGCUGGCGUGGUGAGGUAGGGUACUGGGUGGUUUGGAGGGAAGGGGUCAAAUGAGGGCGAGGGGAGUGGAGGGGGUGGAGCCGGGCGGUGGAAGAUGGAAGGGCACGGUAGUAAGGGGUACCCGUGCACGCGUAGGCUGCACAGCAGGCGAGGCUAUGCCAGCGGGGCCAUGUUUCAGGGGGACCUUUCUUGCGGAAGAGGUGUAUUGCAGAUGGGAGCUGUUUGGAAUACAUCUUUUUGACUUGACAAGGUGUGCGGGUGUACUUAGGCGGCUUCGGCGCCAGCACGGGGUGGCGCGCAACUGCUCGGUGCAUAUGCAUGGAUAGGUGCUAGGUGCGUGUGCACGAAUGCGACAUGAAAGGGAGGCUGUUCCGAUGAGGGACCCUUCCUAAGGCAAGUAUCUCUCUCUCUGGUGCGUGUGUAGCAAGCAAGGAGAGCAUCAGAGCCAACGGUGACUGUGGACUGGACUGGACACGCGUGUACUGGAUUACACCCACGCGCGUCUCAGAUCUUCGUGGACUCACUGGCGUGUUGCGCGCGGGUGCAUUUGUGGGCAUUGUCCCUCGUUGUCCUGGUUCGCGUGCUCGCUGAUGUGAGUACGAGUGCGGUGUGGCGCGACACGGCGCUGCUUUGGCGCCUUCGCGUUGACCGGCGCUUACAUGGGGUCGGGCAGCGCAUCAGCGCCACAAGGCAGCGGCACGGGGCAGGCGCGGUCGUCUCACUGCAUGGGAGGUGCGCAUAACGUACAUCGAUUAUUGCAGCUGUGAUAGUCAGCGGUCCGGAGCCCCUCUGCGCCGCUGGCUUGAGAGUAAGGACCCUGCUGAAUAUAUCUGCAAGAAGCCAUCGACCGGCGGCUGGUCA